AUGACCGGCAACACUCCCGACGGAGGGCCCCAAGUUCCCCCGGGGGUCGAGAUACACCUCUGGCCGGCGGCCAAAGGAGCACCGGCACAGGUCCCAGCCCCUUACUCACCCAUGAGGGGUUUGACUCCCCCAUGGGCUUUCAGGGGUUCCGCGUCUCCGACCACGCGGAUACUGCAGGGGGCGGCGCCACCCGGGGGGCCCCACGGACGGUUGGGACGGGGCAGCCGCUCCCCUACCCCGCCUUACCCGCCGUGGCGACCAGCACGCCCCCACACCGGACUGGCCGGAUCUGGGGGCAAGCGCCGUCCCGGUGGUUGCCGCUUCGGAAGGGGAAACGGUCGCGGACAACCACCGGGUAUCCAAACUCUCGCCGCCAGACCCCGGCUCGGAAUACGUCCGAGCGGCUCUGGGGCUGGCAGCGGCGGGGACCACACGGGGAAGACCCCCGUUGGGACACCCAACCGCUGCAUCCUCCGUCGCACCGACCCCGCCUCGGAAACAUCCGAGCGCUCGGUGCGACCCCGGGCCGGCAGUCCGGAGAAGUCCGGUCACCCGAUAUCUCCGGUUUCCACACCACGACACUUCAAUAAGUCAGUUUAUCCUCAGAAUCUCAAAAUCUCACAAGUGCUCAGAGUGCCACGUGGCGUGAUGGCCGCCACAAGACAAUAUCCCUAG